GAAAUAUAGUAUAUGUUGGGAAUGAAUUUUUUUUCCGGUUAUUUCUCGACAUUGCUACAAUAGAACGAGUACGCAUGAGUUAGAUUGUCUCACCAUCUCCACACACCACGGGUCCAAUUGUCUCAGUAGUACCCAUGAAAUCAUCAGGCCAUCAACAUGGUGGAGUUGAUAACACUCCCACAAAGCUUGUACUGACAUCACUGUCAGCAAUGGUAGCUGAGACCACAACUUUCCCCAUAGACCUCAUCAAGACCAGGCUCCAACUCCACGGCGAGUCGCUUUCCUCGAGUCGUUCUACCGGUGCGUUUCGAAUAGGUUUGCACAUUGUUCGCGAACAAGGGACCCUUGGCCUUUACAAGGGCCUGUCUCCAGCAAUUGUCAGACACCUACUCUACACGCCUUUUCGGAUCGUUGGAUAUGAGCACCUGAGGAGUGUUGUUUCUGAUGAUAACGGGUCACUGUUUAUCGUUGGCAAGGCUUUUGUUGGUGGAAUCUCUGGUAGCUUGGCUCAGAUUGUAGCAAGCCCGGCUGAUCUUGUCAAGGUGAGGAUGCAAGCUGAUGGCCGAAUGGUGAGCCAAGGUCUUCAACCUCGGUAUUCAGGGCUAUUUGAUGCUUUCAACAAAAUUGUUCAAGCUGAAGGGUUACAAGGACUAUGGAAGGGUGUUUUUCCUAACAUCCAAAGAGCCUUUUUAGUGAAUAUGGGAGAAUUAGCCUGUUAUGAUCAUGCUAAACAAAUUGUUAUUAAAAGUAAAAUAGCUGAGGAUAACGUUUAUGCCCACACAUUAGCUUCCAUCAUGUCAGGUCUCGCAGCAACUUCUUUAAGUUGUCCAGCUGAUGUUGUGAAGACUAGAAUGAUGAAUCAGGCAGAUAAAAAGGAGGGGAAACUCUUAUAUAACAGCUCUUAUGAUUGCCUGGUAAAGACUGUUAAACUUGAAGGAAUAAGAGCACUGUGGAAAGGGUUCUUCCCCACAUGGGCAAGGCUUGGCCCAUGGCAAUUUGUGUUCUGGGUUUCGUAUGAGAAGUUAAGAAAAGUUGCAGGGCUCUCUUCUUUCUAAUAUAAUUUUUUAUUUAUACUGUGAGACAUUCAUUCAUGAUAAAUUUACAAUCCACAUCUUCCAGAGUACACAACCUUAUACUAUAAUUUGGAAGCCUUUCUGUA